AUGUGUGCUCUUCUCUGCUCUCUCCUGGCAGGGGAUGAUUUUCGAUACGACAGUCAGCAGGGAAAAGCUGGUAACGAAAGCGAGACUACUCCGUACUUGGGGGCAAACCCAUCAUCGGCCAAGCGAUUCGUUCGCUCUGUCUGCCCUGCACCUGAGGAUGCUCAUGCAGCGUGUCUCCUCGGAGUCUCGAGACCAUCACCGCAACGUUGGGCGGAAGGGUAUGGCUGCCCCUUUGACUGGUCUGCGAUCAGCCAUCCCCGACCAGUCAAGGGCAACGACGAUGCGACACAACUGAGGCAGAGAGCCAGUGGUUCGUCUCCUGGUGCUGCUUCGUCGAUUCGGGAGUUGAAACGUCAACCUGCGUAUUCGGUUCAGGAUGGUGAUGUGAGAUGUGGUAGUAUUGGGCUGAACCCCCUUCGUCAGUCAACAGAUCAUCAGCUUAGCCUGUCAACGGCGUCUCUCCGGCGGGUGUCCAAGCUACCCUAUGGUCCUAUGAGGAUGUACAACGCGACAUAA